UCAUUACGUUCACUUUAAUAAAACAAUGGGCUCUCCUGUAAUGUAGAGGAGCACGAGUAUGUUUACGUAACUGAAUCUGCAUUCGUUUUAGGAAUUUUUUGGGGAAAAUGAAGCACGUCUCAAAUUUGCUCUCAUCGCUCAUGUAUUUAAUCGCGUACGGCGUCUCUGGUGUCUGUACAGAUGAAGUGUCAGUGUGUGUGAUGGAGGGAGAUUCAGUCAUUCUAAACCCUCAUAUUAAAACAAACCAACAGGUUAGAAUGAAAUGGUAUUUUAAUGACAUUUGCAUAGCUCAAAUCAGUAGAGAUUGCAGACAGGCCUGCACAGAUGUUCAGUGUGAAGAUUCUGAUGAGAGAUUCAGAGACAGACUUAAGCUGGACAAUCAGACUGGAUCUCUGACCAUCAGGAACAUCAACACCACAGACUCUGGACGUUAUGAACUGGAGAUCACCAGCAAAAGCGGCAGAAUCAGUAGAAAGACAUUCAUUGUUGCUUUAUAUGGUUUUUUCGGUGUUGAUACAAGAAGAGUGUCCGUGAUGGAGGGAGAUUCUGUCAUUCUGCACACUGAUGUUACAACAACCCAGCAAAACAGAAUGACAUUUAGAUGGUAUUUUACUGGCUCUCAAAUAGCUGAAAUCACUGGAGAUCACACUGAUAUCUGUACAGAUGCUCAUGGGAAAUUUACAGGCAGACUGGCCCUGGAUCAUCAGACUGGAUCUCUGACAAUCAAAAACAUCAGAACCACAGACUCUGGACUUUAUAAACUACAGAUCACCUGGAGCAGAAGUAUCAGAAUCAUAAGGAGCUUCAAUGUUACCGUCACUGGUCUUUUUGGUUUUAGAGCCAUCUUGCCAGUUUUUGUGAAGGAGGGAGAUUCAGUCACUCUACACACUGAUGUUGAAACAAACCAACAAAAAGAUAUUAAAUGGUAUUAUGAUGGCCUUCGAGUGGCUGAAAUCAAUGGAGAUCUCAGUUUUAUCUGUACAGAUGUUCAGUGUGAAGAUGCUGAUGGGAGAUUCAGAGACAGACUGAAGCUGGACAAUCAGACUGGAUCUCUGACCAUCACAAACAUCACAACCACAGACUUUGGUCUUUAUAAAGUACAGAUCAUCAUCAGCAGCAGAAUCAGUGAAAAGAUCUUCUUUGUUGCUGUAUAUGGUGUUCCUGCUGUUAAAUCAGAUGAAAUGUCAGUGGAGGAGGGAGAAUCUGUCACUUUAAAUCCUGAUGUAAUAAAAUACCAGAAUGAUUUGCUGACGUGGUAUUUUAAUGACAUUCGCAUUGCUGAAAUCACUGGAGAUCAGCGUAAGAUCUGUACAAAUGAUCAGUGUGAAGAUGCUGAUGAGAGAUUCAGAGACAGACUGAAGCUGGAUCAUCAGACUGGAUCUCUGACCAUCACAAACCUCAGAACCACAGACUCUGGACUUUAUAAACUACAGAUCAGCAGCAGCAGCGGCGGCAGCAUCAUAAAGAGAUUCAGUCUUAUUGUUGGUAGUUUUUUCAGUGUUGUUGAUACAGAUAAAGUGUCAGUGAUGGAGGGAGAUUCAGUUAUUCUACACACUGAUGUUGAAACAAACCAACAAGGCAGAAUGAGGUGGUAUUUUAAUGGUAUUUACUUAGCUGAAAUAAGUAAAGAUAUCAGUGUUAUCUGUACAGAUGUUCAGUGUAAUGAAGGUACUGGGAGAUUCAGAGACAGACUGAAGCUGGAUCAUCAGACUGGAUCUCUGACCAUCACAAACAUCACAACCACAGACUCUGGACUUUAUCAACUACAGAUCAUCAGCAGCAGAAUCAGUCAAAAGAUAUUCAUUGUUGAUGUAGAUGGUGUUUCAGAUGUUCCUGAACGAGAUAAAAUGAAGAGAAAGUCAGUGAAGGAGGGAGAAUCUGUCACUUUUGAUCCUGCUGUAAUAAAAAACCCAAAUGAUUUGAUGAAAUGGUAUUUUAAUGACACUCCCAUCGCUGAAAUCAAUGGAAAUCUGAGUCAGAUCUGUACAGAUGUUCAGUAUAAAGAGAUGAUAGUGUUUGUCUUUAUCCAUUCCAGGUUCAGCUGCUGGUUUAAUUUACUGCCACAAGCCGUGUGCAAGAGAACAGGUGAAUCGUGUUGA